UAAGGAGGCAGCGGCAAUAGGGAACUGGCUGCUUCUGGUUCCAAGGCACACAUAAAUACAAAGCGCAGCCGGAGACAAGGAAAACACAAAAGGACGAGAGCCACACUCACGUGUAAAGCUGAGGACUAACAGAGUCAGACGCACUAGAAGAGGAGCUUGGACGGCAUGCAAAGUUGUGAAAUAUCUUCAGACAGCACUGAUGAUCCCCUUAGUAGUGGCUUACGACGACAUCGACAACCACGAAUAGUAGUGAUUGGCGCUGGUUUGGCCGGCCUCGCUACUACCAAAACCCUACUGGAGAACGGCUUCACCAAUGUCACGGUCCUAGAGGCGUCUGACCGAAUUGGGGGCAGAGUGCAAAGUAUUCAGCACGGUAACGCAAUUCUAGAACUCGGAGCUACCUGGAUCCAUGGCGCCAAUGGCAACCCAGUGUACCACCUUGCGAAGGACAGUGGUCUCCUGGAGCACACCACGGACGAGGAGAGGAGUGUUGGCCGCAUCAGCCUCUAUGCCAAAAACGGGGUGGCACACUACCAGAUCAACAAUGGCAAGAGGAUCCCCAAGGACCUGGUGGAGGAGUUCAGUGACCUUUACAACGAGGUGUAUGAGCUGACUCAGGAGUUCUUCCAGAAUGGGAAGCCUGUUGGGGCUGAGAGUCAGAACAGUGUGGGGAUCUUCACACGUGAUGUUGUGCGGAGGAAGAUCAUGCUGGACCCUGACGACUCAGAGAGCACCAAGAAGCUCAAGCUCUCCAUGCUACAACAGUACCUCAAGGUGGAAAGCUGUGAAAGCAGUUCCCCCAGUAUGGACGAGGUCUCGCUCAGUGAGUUUGGUGAGUGGACGGAGAUCCCGGGUGCCCACCACGUCAUUCCCGGCGGCUUCAUGCAGGUGGUGGAGCUGUUGGCCCAGGACAUUCCGUCCCGCAUGGUCCGCCGGGGCAAGCCUGUCCGCCGCAUCCACUGGAACUACAGCUUCCAGCAGGCCGAGGAGAUCACCCAGGACGAGCACGAGCAUGACCACAACCGGGACUGCUGGCCCAGCCAGGCGCCCGCACACGUGGAGUGUGAGGACGGCGAACGCCUCCCCGCUGACCACAUCAUCGUCACGGCUUCGCUGGGCGUGCUGAAGAAGAGCCACGAGACGCUCUUCUCGCCCGGCCUGCCCCGCGACAAGGUGCAGGCCAUCGAGAAGCUGGGCAUCAGCACCACCGACAAGAUCUUCCUGGAGUUCGACGAGCCCUUCUGGAGCCCUGAGUGCAACAGCAUCCAGUUUGUGUGGGAGGACGAGGCGCAGCUGGAGCAGCUGUCCUACCCGCAGGAGCUCUGGUACCGCAAGAUCUGCAGCUUCGACGUGCUGUACCCGCCCGAGCGCUACGGCUACAUGCUCAGCGGCUGGAUCUGCGGCGAGGAGGCGCUGCUCAUGGAGCGCUGUGACGACGAGACCGUGGCCGAAACCUGCACCGAGCUGCUGCGCACCUUCACAGGGAACCCCAACAUUCCGAAGCCGCGGCGAAUCCUGCGCUCGUCCUGGGGCAGUAAGCCCUACAUCCGGGGCUCGUACUCCUUCACCCGCGUCGGCUCCAGCGGCGGAGACGUGGAGAGGCUGGCCAUGCCACUGCCUUACGCCAAAAGCACCAAGGCUCCGCCUCUGCAGGUGCUGUUUGCUGGUGAGGCCACGCACAGAAAAUACUAUUCCACUACCCAUGGUGCUUUGCUGUCAGGCCAGAGGGAAGCCUCUCGCCUGAUUGAGAUGUACCAGGACUUAUACAAUGCAGAAACCACAAAGCCUAAUAUGUAAAAUGAACCACUGACUAGUGAACCUACCUUUCUGUUUUUUUUAUGCUUUCUGUACUUAAAAUUACUUAAAUUAUAUAUAUAUAUAUGUGUUAAAAAAAACUUGUAGGGGCAUUAAAAUGACAAUUGUUUUAAAAUCAUGUUUUUAUUGUAUGUAGAUUUUAGGUCUGUAGAUUUCACUUUGAUAUGUACAUUAAGAACCUGCCAAGUUGCUGCCAUUUUGUUCUUAGCGGAUUUUUUAAAUCAAGAAAUUGAUAUGUUUAUAACACAUCUAUAAUUUAACCUUUUGUAAGUGCCUUCUGUAUUAAAUGUCAUGUCAAUGAAGCAACAACAGGACUAAAUUAAACUGUAUAUUAAUGUGAGAGGUUGUGUGCUUUCUCCCUCUUGUACUGGCCCCAACAUUGCUGAUAAAGAGGAUGCCCUGUACCCGUUG